AUGUCUGAAACCUCGCCAGAACUCGCUCUCCUCCGCCGCUACGAGCUCCGCCUCCUCCGCUGCACCCUCCUCUCUCCUCCUCCUCCUUCUCCGCCCAAUCCCGAACCCUCCGAUCAAACUCACCCCCUCUCCCCUCUAAUCUCCUCCCUCCUCACUUCCAUCGAGUCCGGCCAAUACCUCGAAGCCCUCACCUCCGCCGACGCGAACCGACUCGUCCUCAAGCUCACCGACUCCGACUCGCUCGCCGACCCCGACCGAGUCUACUCCGAGUUGCUCCGCCGCGUGGAGUCGUUCAUAUGCGAAGAAGAAGAAGAUGACGAUGGUAGUGGCAAGGACCGGGCGUAUAGAGUCGUCGUCGUGCUCUGCGUCGCCGUCGCUGCGUUGCUUGGUUUCACUCAGUCCAACUUAACCGGACCUUUGGAGGGGUUGCCGAGGUGUCCUUUGCCACUGGAAGUGCCCUUAUGUGAUGAGUGGGACAAUUGGGCGCGUAAUCAGCUCAUGGCUGCUGGCUCUGACUUGCUUGGCAAGGUCCAUAAUCUUCAGUAUAUAAUUUAUGCAAAGAUAUUGGUCAUGAAGAUGAAAGAUUUGUUAUUUGAAGGAAGUGGGUCUUGUGCAUAUGGAAUUAGGAGCCUUUCGUGGUGGCUCGCUAGGGUCACUUUUCUCCAUCAGCGCAUUCUCGAUGACCGGUCUUCAUCUCUGUUUGACCUUUUGCAUGUCUUCACAAGUGAAAGUUUGAAUCAUUUUGGCACUUUGGAGAAAGUAACAAGUUAUUGGGGUAGCAAUUUGCAUAAUGGCGAGGGCGCGACACUUGUCUCAGCGAUUCAUCUGGAAGCUGGAAUGAUGGAAUACAUCUAUGCACGAGUUGAUUCCUGCAGGUUGCAUUUUGAAUCAGCUGAAGCAGCAGCUGGAGUAAAGCUUUCAGUUACGGGGGUUCUUGGCUUCCGUACUAUACAUCAGGUUGAACCAAAGGCACAAAUGGUACUUAAAGCAAACACAACUUCAUCAAAGAGUGUGGCUCUCUGUCCCUCUGAAACCACUGGCCCCCAUAAAUCAGAUUCUAUCAGUAGAAAUGAUAUAUCUAAGCAGCCAUCUGAGUCCGAUGAGGCUUCUGAUAUAUUAUUGACUCCAAGAUUGGUAGAGAAUGACAGCAAUUCUGGCAUUCAAGUCGGUGACACUGCUGCUGACCCUUUGAGUGCAAUCCAUCAGGCAGUAAUCCUGGCUAAAUGCCUUCUAAUCGAGAAGAGCACGCGACAUGAUGACAUGCAGAGAUGGGAAAUGGCUCCAUACAUCGAGGCAAUUGAUUCUCAGCUAUCAUCAUAUUUUAUUAUACGACGAUGCUGUGAUGUCCUACGUAUUCGGUGGGAGUCGACACGUAGUCACACAAAGCAACGUGCAUUGAUGAUGAUGGAAACAUUGGUUCAGGGUAUCAACAAGCCCUCUCCAGGAGUGGCAGAAAGGAUUCCUUUCUGCUAUGGAAUUUAUAUCCCAACAGUUUCAGCCUUGCGGAAGGAAUAUGGUGAACUUUGUGUUCGUUGUGGUCUGAUAGGAGAGGCAGUCAAAAUUUUUGAGGACUUGGAAUUAUGGGAUAACCUAAUAUUCUGCUAUAGCUUGAUGGAGAAAAAAGCAGCAGCUGUUGAACUGAUCAAGACACGGCUUUCUGAAACACCUAAUGACCCCAGGUUAUGGUGUUCACUGGGUGAUGUUACUAAUGACGAUGCCUGCUUUAAAAAGGCCCUAGAAGUUUCAAAUGAUAGGUCAGCUCGGGCUAAGCGGUCUCUUGCACGCAGUGCAUACAACAGGGGGGAGUAUAGAACAUCAAAACUCCUGUGGGAGUCUGCAAUGGCCUUGAAUUCUCUGUAUCCUGAUGGCUGGUUUGCACUAGGGGCUGCUGCAUUAAAGGAUAGGGAUAUUGAGAAGGCACUAGAUGGCUUUACUCGGGCUGUUCAGCUUGAUCCUGAAAAUGGGGAGGCAUGGAAUAAUAUUGCUUGUUUGCAUAUGAUAAAAGGGAAGAGUAAAGAAGCUUUCAUUGCAUUUAGAGAAGCGCUGAAGUUCAAACGAAACAGCUAUCAACUGUGGGAGAACUACAGCCAUGUUGCUUUAGAUGUUGGAAAUGUUGCUCAGGCUCUAGAAGCUAUACGGAUGGUGUUGGAUCUUACUAAUAAUAAGAGGAUUGAUGCUGAAUUAUUGGAAAGAAUUAUGACAGAGGUGGAAAGCAUGUCUUCACCUACUAAUUCAGCAAUGACUGAUAAUGAUGAUAACUCUUUCAUGAGUGGGACGACAAAUACAGAAUCUGAGGUGGGAAAGUCUCGGGAAGCUGAGCACUUGGUAGAAUUUCUUGGAAAAGUUCUACAACAGAUAGUUCGAAGUGGAAAUGGAGCAGAUGUUUGGGGCUUGUAUGCUAGAUGGCAAAAAAUGAAAGGAGACCUUGCAAUGUGCAGAGAAGCUUGGCUAAAGCAAGUCAGAUCAUACCAGGGAUCUGAUUUGUGGAAAGAUAGAGAUCGGUUUAAAAAGUUUGCAAAAUCCUCCUUGGAACUGUGCAAAGUGUAUAUGGAGAUUUCUUUGUCUACAGGCAGCCGUGAUGAACUUCUUUCAGCUGAAAGGCACCUAAGGAACAUAAUUAAACAGGCAGAAAGUUUCUCAGACAUGGAAGAACUUCAACAUCUUAAAGCUUGCCUUGAUGAAGUAAAGUUAAAACUUGAUUCUGAAAGUGUGUCUACUUAAAAGUUUCUUUCGGUGCCUUCUCGGAGAUUUGAUGUACAUAUAAAGACAAGGAAGUCUGUUGGACCCUUGGUUGAUUGGCAGGUAUGCGCUGUUACCCUUCUAAUCAUUGGAACAUUGGUGGCUUCCUACUUGAUCUUCACCGAGUUCGUGUUGAUAUGAAGUGCAUGUAGAAAUAUCCUUUCUAUGAUUUUUACCCGCCAUCAUAUCGGAAAGUGAGAAGUAUUGUUUUCUUUGAUCUGGACUUCUGGAGGAUUGGUAGUUGCUGUUUGGGUUCAUCUGACACAAUGUUUUCUUGUCAUAAAGCAGGUCAUCAAUUUUGCCAAAUAUGAUUAAAAGGAAACGUUCAAUCAUUAGUAUUAGGACAGGCCAAUACAGUUAGGAUCUAUGUUCUUACUAUAGGUUGGCAAUCUCAUAGAUACUAGUGAAUUUUUUGUAUUUAUCAUCAUGAAUCAGGUUGAUGAGGAGCUUGAGAUUGCUUGUACUUUAAAUCUUUUACCGGUAGAAACCCAAAUGAGAGUCAGAUACCCAAUGUUGAGAGUUUCCAGUGAUUAAUGCAGUUCGAGAGACAGUC